UUUGACUGAUUUUUCAUGUUUUUUUAAUGGAAUUUUACUGGAAAUUUAAUUGAAAAUAAAUGAUAAAUGUUAAAUAUUUAUUCUUAUUUUUAACUAAUAAGGCAAGCGCGAUCCAUCGAACAACGAAAAGACAUUUUAAAUCUUCAUUAUGACUUUUUUCCAAAUGCUUUUCGGUAAUAGUUUUUCAGAAAAUUAUAAAAUUUUCAGCUUUCAGCAAUGAUCUUAAAAUGGACGCUUAUCAGAAGAAUGCUAGCAACACCGAAACAAAAAUUAAAAAAUUACAAAUUUCCGGAUGUUAGAAAAGAGGAUUGCGAACAGGGAACAUCGGAAGGAAGAAUUUUGGGAAAUAAUCCAAAUUUUUUUCAGAAAUACAUUUCCGGAUGGGGUCCUGGUGGGCAGAAGGUAAAUACUGCCCAGAAUGCGGUUCAACUGACACAUCUUCCAACUGGUACCGUACUCAAGGUGCAUGAGUCUCGGCUUCUCCCAAAAAACAUCGAUAUCGCCUUCGAGCGUAUGAAGUUUGUGCUGGAUCGACAGAUAAACGGAGAAAAUUGUUACGAGGAGCAGCUCAAGAGGCUUCAAAUUGCGAAGGAAGAGAAGUCGAACAAGAGAAGAGUGCAAGCGAGGAAGGAGAAAGAAAGUUAUAAAAAUGAAAGUGUAGAAUGAAUGUGUGUUACAAUGAAAUAAAAUGAUAAACUGGAA